UUUAAGGUUAGGUUAUGAAAUCCAUGGGACAAAGCAUGGAUACCUCUAAAUGCAAAUCGGAAGUGAAGUCCCAAAUUGAAGAUGUAAUCAACCUGAAGGAACAAAUAGCUAAAAUCAAACACAGUGAACUAUGGUUCGGAUAUAGCGUCAACAUCAUCCACGAGUUCAAACUCAAUCUGUACGCUUUGAACACAGUGGAUAAAUUGGCAGUUGUUUCCCGAUUCAUGAAGUGUAGCGGUGGAGGAAGUGGUUCGUGCCCUUGUGAAAUGGAAUGCGAAGGGUACCGUAGCAAACAGAAUAAUGCAGCCUAUGACUUUUAUGAGAGCCCAGAGAUGGCGUUCUGCUCAAACUGCGAGCACAAAAGAUCGAGUCAUGCAGUUCCUGAGUUGAAGUCGUUGAAAAAGGAACAGUUGGAUAGUUUGAUGCGACGAUGUGUGGAUUUGGACAACUUGACCAGAUGUGUAUCGGAGGAGCAGGACGACGAUUGUCGCCAUUCUUACUUCGCAGUUCUAAAAACUAUCAAAAAUGGAUUGCUGCAAUCACUUUCAGAAACGAUAGAGUUGGAUCACAAGCCGCCCUUUGAAAACCCUCCAAUAAAAACUGCAGUUAGGAAUUUCCUCAUCUUGAGGUAUAGUGACCACAUUCCAAAAAGUAGCACAACUAUGAGAUACUUGGCCCAAUUUUUCCUCCAAUGUCUAAAUCACUGGAGGCUCGACACACCUCUGAAGUUCAGAGAAUCUGUGAAUUCUGACCAAGAAUUCGAAUCCUACCGCAAUUUUUAUAGAAAAUGGUUCUGUUUAUGUAAUAUUCCAACAUUUUGCGACAGUUUGACUAAGUACGACUUGACUUGUGUUUUUGGACAUAAUUUUAUGAAACUAGUCUAUAUUAAUAUGAGGCGACAGCUGCUGGAAAAAGUUAGAACUGACAAAGAGACGCUGCCUAUUGAAAAACAGACAGUUAUUCUCACAGACCUACCUAAGUUUUUAGCGGUUCUGCAAAACGAAGUAUUCAGUACAGAUGCCCCCAUUUGGUCGGAAAGUUUUGACGCCAAUGCGAAAGCAGUCGUGGGACCAGAGCUGCCGAAAGUGGACGAACCAGAAUCGCCGAUAAACGACAGUGACGCAACUAGCCCGGCUUCGACUGCAAGUGGACGAAAUUUGAGCGGUGAUGAUUGUGCAAUACCUUACAAACGCACUUGUUAUGAUGAUUACGAAGAGAACAAAGCUCAAAUGCAAAAGCAUAUUUCGGUGCUAAAAUCAACGGCACUCAAUGGAAAUAUUAGUUCAGGUAAAAAUGGAAAUAAAAUGGGACCUGAUGUUGUUAAAAAAGAUGAAUUAAUUCAGAAAUUUUGUCCUAUUCCGGAUAAAGAAUUGAAGGAUGUGAUUCAAGAUAUUGAGCGAGAAAACGAACAUUUACCGUCUGAAAUGAGUUUGUUCAUGACGCGAGAUGAGGCUGCAAAAAAGGAGGAAUCAGAAGGCAUAAUUGAGUUCCAUAUGAUUUCAAACACUUUAGAGAAAGUGCCUCCGGAUAAUGUUUUGAACUGGUUAAUUCAGCUGCAAACUGUGUUUUCUCAUCAGUUGCCAAGAAUGCCGAAAGAGUACAUAACACGUCUGGUGUUCGAUCCAAAGCAUCGAUCGUUGGUGAUUAUAAAGGGAGGUAAUGUUAAUGGCGGCGUGACUUAUAGACCCUUUGCCGCACAAGGCUUCUCUGAAAUUGUAUUUUGUGCUGUCAGUUCAAAUGAGCAAGUGAAAGGGUAUGGCACACAUUUGAUGAAUCAUUUGAAAGACUACCACAUUAAACAUGGAAUUCACCACUUCUUGACCUAUGCUGAUGAAUUUGCAGUGGGAUACUUUAAAAAGCAAGGGUUCUCCCAGGAUAUCAAGCUGCCCAGAACUAGUUACGCUGGCUACAUCAAAGAGUACGAAGGCGCCACUUUGAUGGGUUGUCAACUAAACCGAAAAAUAACCUACACAAAAUUUUCUACGGCAAUAAGACAACAAAUCGAAAUUGUGAAAAGAAGAAUUGAACAAAUGGAAACAAGAAAUCCCGAGUUAUUGGGAAGGAAAGCGGCUGCAUUGACCAGCAAACAAAAGCAGGAAGCAGAAGAAAGUUUGCAGGAGAAGUUGAAGGAAAUUUUGAAGUUAGUUAAAACUCACCAGUCUGCGUGGCCGUUUCAGAAACCAGUGGACAAAACAGAAGCGCCAGAUUAUUACGUGGUAAUCAAACAUCCGAUGGAUCUGAAACUGAUGACAGACAAACAGAAAAAAGGACACUAUACGGAAAGAGCUGCUUUUGUAGAAGACAUGCAACGAAUCUUCAAUAAUUGUAGAGUCUAUAAUGAUAUAGAAACAGAGUACUACAAAUGUGCAAAUAUUCUAGAAGAUUAUUUCUUCCAGAAAUUACGAGAAAUUUGUGCUUGAUUCUUUUUGAUUGUAUCUGUUUGUUUUUGCUUUAGGUUAGCUUCCAGUCAAAUUAACUUAUUGUUUUUAAAGUUGUAUUGCCUUUUCUUUUUUUCACGCCGUGAGUUUUUUAAAUCUGAAUGGUCAUUCGGAUUUAAAA